AGGAAACAGUGGAUUCUCUUAGAUGAUCAAAGCCCUCAAUUUCCAUGCCUUCGUGAGCUUUAUGUGAUGCAUUGCCCGGAGCUGCUGCAUGACUUGCCCAGACACCUUCCUUCACUUAAGAUUAAGAUAUCUCGAUGUGAUCGCCUUGAGACUCCACACCCAAAGAUAGUUGAUGACCAUGAGUUGAUGGGUGGAGAACAACACUGCACUGAGAUUCUCACAAGUGUGGCUGAAGUGACUCCCGAAUCCUCCUCACACCAUGCCCCGGAAGUUCAAGAGGGAGGAACAACCAUAAUGUCCCCUGUUGUUACCAAUAGUAAGGUUGACAGAGAUAUGCUUGACUUUAGGUCUUCAUUAGACAUUGUGGAAGUUUCAGAUGCAUCAGAACUGUGCAAUCUGCCAUGUGGAUUAAAAAGCCUUAGAAUUGAAGGCUGCCAGAAUCUUGAUUUGCUAGCAGAUGGAGUUUUUGGUUCAGAUAUUUUUGAGUUGUUUCUUACCGAUUGUUUUUCUGGCAGGCGCUUUGCUGAUGCUCUGCACCCCAAUUCCCUGAGAACACUUUAUAUCCACAAAUGUCCAAAUCUGGAGUUCCUUAACCCUCUUGGAGAACACAAUAAUAAGUUUGAACUCUUAGAAUAUCUUUGCAUAAGCAGUAGUUGCAAAUCUCUGGUAUCCAUCUCCAUAAAUCUUUUCCCAAGACUCCAAACUCUAUACAUCAAGGGUUGUCCCAAUCUCAAGUUGUUGUCGAUGGUUGAGGGGUUUCAUGAUCAGAAUCUGAAACUUGAGUCCUUGGGAAUCCUGGACUGCCCUAACCUGGUAUCCUUUCCAGAGAGAGGAUUGCCUGCUCCCAAUCUUAAAUCAGUAACAAUAUCUAAUUGCACAAGUUUGAAUUCAUUGCCCAGUAAUCUAGCAACUCUUACAUCACUUCGGUCAUUGCUUAUAGACACAUGUCCAAAACUUGAGUCUCUUCCUGAUGGGGGCGUGCCGUCCAGUUUAAGUUUACUUUCAAUUUCAUUUUCUGACAAGCUUGUACCUCAAAAGGAGUGGAAUCUGCAUAGGCUUCCCUCUCUAACUCAUUUAGAGAUUGAAGGUGGAUGCAUUGGCAUGAAGUCAUUUCCAGAUAAGGAUCUUCUUCCAAGAAGUCUCAAGUCUCUACGCAUCAGUAGGCUCUCAGAUCUCAGAGUCAUGAAUGGCAUUCAGAACUUGAUCGCCCUUGAGAAAUUGGAGAUUAAUGGUUGCCAUGGGCUUUAUUCCUUGCCAGAAGGGUUGCCGUCAUCCUUGAAUUGUCUUUGCAUCAAAGAAUGUUCAAUAUUGACCCAGAAACUCUUCUACAAAACAGCGUCUGAGUGGAGCAAGAUAGCCCAUAUUCCCAACCUACAAAUUGAUGAUUGAGUUAUUCAUGGGAGUUAAGGUAGGUAUGAAUUAGAUUUAUCCUAAGAAGCUCCAAAAGUAGUUCUGAAGGGAAAUUAUCAAAUUAAAGCUGCAUCAGGAAGCUUUACUCAGCCGCAACCUAAGAGAGGGUUCUGAAGCUGUCACAAUCCCAAAUAAGGGGAAACGCUGAAGUGAAGGUUGUUCUCUACUUGUCUGUGCUGUGAAAUUCUUGCCAAACCAUGGCAAAGGACGUUUUAAUUGCAGCUUUUGAUCUCGAGUUUUAUAAUGAAAAUAAAGUAAGGACAGGAUCCAGAAAUACUGUUGCCACUGCUACCUAAAGCUUAUUGUUAAUGUUACUAUACUCUUGCUCUAUGUACUGCCAAGCUGUCUAAAUUGUGGGGUUUAGAUUAGUUAAGGAUGUUAUGCAUGGCUAGAAAGUUAGUUAGUCACUUAAAUGACGUGGCACUUAGUUGCUUCUGUACUAGUCAUUGUAUUUCACUUUAUAAAUACUUAAGCAGAAGCUCAACACAAGUGAACGAAUUCAGUAUCAUCAUUUUACACCAAAAUCACCUU